AAUAUAAACAAAUUCGGAUUUGCGAUUUGCAGUUGCAGAUAGAAUUUCCAGUUUCCAGAAGUGCCCUCAUAUCUUUCCAAGAAUUUCGAUCCUCUCUACACGACUCGGCAUUCGAUCCCCCUCAAUAGAACGAACCACAACACGAACUGCGGCCGAGGGCGCAUCCAACGAUUCUACGAAUCGGAGGUUUUUGGAAUUUCAUUCGUUCGAGAGGUUUUCGUCUUAAUUAGGGUUUUGAGCGCCUGAAUCAAUCGUCUUUUUAUUGAUCCAUAUAAUCUGGGCUUUGGUUGCUGGGUCCUGUGUAGAUACUUUUGUAGCUCUAGGAUUUUCUGGAGGAAUAUAUCAAUCAUCACGGGGAGGGUUUUGGAUUGGGGUAGUGAACAAUUAAUAAUGUUCUAGAGGCAUGAUCCUUUGAAUUAGGGUUUUCAGGCGCUUAAUCAAUCUUUGGAGUGGUGUUAUGUGAGUGGACCUAGUGUUUGGCUCUUGUGGCCUGUGGAGGGGGGAUGGAGAGCACUUUCGGUCCAGAUAGAAAGCGGCGUCACUUUAGCACCAUAUCCCCAACGGCUGCUACUGCCCAGAAGACGCCCAUCUUGCCCAUCUCUGCGAACAAAAAGUUUGAUGUUACUGUUCUUCAAUACCAAAAUCAGAAGCUUGCACAGAAGAUAGAGGUUCAGAAGGUAGAGAGUAAAUCUCUUCAGAAUAAAUAUGCUCGAUUUAAGGAUAAACAAGAACCAUAUGAUAUAACAGUGGCUGUGGUUAAGAACUGUUGGGAAGAGCUUGUUAAUGGAUUGGAAACAUCUUCUGUCCGUAUGAGGAGGUGGAGGAGCAAGCAGGGUGGCGAACAUACAAUGGCUGCUGCAGAUGGAUCUUCGUCUAGCUUUGAAGAUGCUGUUCUUAGUCGGCUUGCCGAAACAGGUGCUACUCAAAGUUCAUCAACAUAUAGUUCUUCCAAGCACAUAGAACAAGAAACAGAAUCACCAUGUGAGAAGACCAAUAUCAUCAAGCAGAAUAUUGAUGCGGCAAUUGAAAAUCUUUGGUAUCUGAAGGAUGGUUUACAUGCUACAUUGUUGAAUGAGCUCCCAAAAAAUGAUUCAUUCAGGAUUAGGGCAUCUGGUGACUUGAUUAAAGAAGUAAGGAAUAUGAGGUUGAGAGUAAAGGAAUUUUUGUUUAAGAAGAAGAUGUUGGCUAAAGAAUUGCAGAAUCAUCGGGACUUAGAUGCAAAAGCUAAAGCUGAGCUAAAAUGUUUUAAAGUGGAAUUGGAAAGUGCAGUGGCUGAACUGGAAGAGAGCAAUUCCAAGCUAACGAAGCUUAGAGCUGAACAUGAUGCUGCAAAAAGGGCUGGAUUUCCUGUUUUGAAUCUAGCAGGUAAACAUGCUGGCAGUGGUAAGGUGGGAGACAAACAAAAAGAUCUCCGAGACGAACCUUAUCUCAAAGAGUUGAAGGACCAGGCAGUUGAUCGACUGGCAGAAUUAAAUAAUCUACAUCAAGAACGACUAAAAAUGCUGCAACAGUUAUCUGAUAUCCGGAAUAGAAUGAAGAGUGUGAAGUCCAUUUCAUCUUCACAAUCGUAUCUUUUAUUGAGAGAUCGGAUAGAAAAAUUAAAAUCAGAAGUAUAUGAGCAGCAGGCUUUAUUUGAGAAACUACAGAUUGAGAAGUUUAAUAUUACAUGGAGGGAGAAGGAAUUAAAUAUUAAAAAUAACAUACUUGAUAUCUUGAGGAGAUCGUCUACUGUCACUGAUACAAGGAUUAAUGAUCUAGAAAUGCUGAUUCAGAAACAGAAGGAUGAAAAAAAGUCAAUUGAGAGUAAGCUGGCUGAAGUAUUGAAAGAAUCAGGAAGGAAAAAAAUUGUCUCAGAAUUUAGGGCAUUGGUUUCUUCGUUUCCAGAAGCAAUGAGCUCUAUGCAAAGUCAGUUACUUAAAUGCAAAGAAGCUGCUACAAAUGCUCAUUCUGUGCGGGCAGACAUGCUAUCUCUUUCUAGUAUUAUUGAUAGAAUGGAGAAAGAGUGUGAAAGUUUGUCAUCUCGGUCCAAGGAUCAAAUUGCAGAGAUACAGAAGUUGCAAGCUAUGGUUCAAGAUUUCACUGAAGUUGGUCGGGACUUGAAACUCAUAAUUGAUAUGUAUAAACGUGAAUCAACUGAAUCGAGGGAUGUUUUGGAAGCUAGGGAUUUGGAAUAUAAGGCGUGGGCUCGUGUUCAAUCUUUGAAGUCCUCUCUGGAUGAACGCAACCUGGAAUCUCGUGUUAAGACUGCAAAUGAAGCUGAGGCUAUAUCUCAACAAAGGCUAGCUGCUGCAGAAGCUGAGAUUGCACGCCUAAGACAGAAGUUAGAAUCGUCUAAAAGGGAUUUAAUUCGAUUAACAGAUGUUGUAAAAUCUAAAGGCGACGAAAAUGUGGCAUAUUUUUCUGAAAUUGAGACAAUUGGGCAGGCAUAUGACGAUAUGCAAACUCAAAACCAGCAUCUGUUGCAGCAAAUAACUGAGAGAGAUGAGUACAACAUUAAGCUUGUUUUAGAAGGUGUGAGAGCAAGGCAAUUGCAUGAGAUUAUGCUCAUCGAGAAACAAACCUUUGAGAAGGAGGUUCAGCAAGCCAAUGCAUCUCUUGUACUUUACGAGAUGAAAGCUGAUAGAAUUGAAGACCAGUUGAGAGGUUUCUCGGAUCAUAUUCAGAAAAUUGAAGAAGGCAAGUUACAAGACACAUAUACUCUAGAAAACACUAAAAAAAGAUUAAGUGAUAUUAGAAUAGCAUCUCAGCAAAUGAGGGAAUCACUUGAUCAAUCUCAAUCUAAAGUUGAAAAAAGUCGAACGACUCAAGUGGAGCUACAGAUAGAACUAGAAAGAGAGAGGUUUGAGAAGAAAAGAAUUGAAGAGGAAAUAGAAGUUGUUGGCAGAAAGUUUUCACGGCUUGAAGCACAGAUGAAAAGCUCAUCUGUAGUUGAAAGGCUCCAUGGCGAACUUGGGGAAUAUGAAACGAUAGUGAAUUGCAAAAUUUGUGUCAACAGUAGAAAGCAGGUUGUCAUUACCAAGUGCUUCCACUUAUUCUGUAAUCCCUGUGUACAAGAUAUCUUGAAGAGUCAGCAUCGAAAAUGCCCAAGAUGUAGUGCAACUUUCGGGCCCAAUGAUGUCAAGCAAGUUUUCUUUUGACUUUACACUGGGGCAUGCAUACCUCUCGAUAAGACUUAUCUCAACUGCCUUCGGUGCACAUUUCAUGGCCAUUUGGUUGAUGCAAGAAUUGACAUGGAGAUACAUACAGGUUAAUGCGUAUGACUGUUAGAAUGUAGAGCAAACAGUGUGAGAGACGAGAGCAAGAAAUGUGGAAGUCCUGAUGCAUAGCAAUUUAAGCAAAUCAUUUGUUGGCUUGGUUCUAGUUUGUGAUUUUAUUAAAAGUUUAUCUAGAUGUGUAAUUCUUUUACUCUCUUAUGAUGUGUUUGGAGCAGCUGGAAGCUUUCACUUCAUUAUUUGCCAGAUUAAUCAGAAUCGCUUCACUGCUAUACAGCCAGGGGUCCAUAGAGGACAAGUUUUUCUUUGCUCAAACAAAGAAUUGAACUCCCACUCCAACAGUUGAAGCUAGAGUUAAUGUGUGGUGUUCUUUGUGGAACGGGUUUACCCUUGCAAAACAGCUGGUGGAACGUCAUCACUCCUCUGCCGGCAGAAGUUUUUGUACAUUACUUGGUUAGGUCUUAGAAGCUGAUAUUUCCUUUUGAUUUAUCUUAUACAUUUAUUCCUCUUUUUUCUCCCAUCUGACGUGUUUGGAGUUCAUGCUUUGAUGUUUAGCGAAUCUUUCAAUGCACAUGAGGUGCAGAAAUUGUUUGUAGCUGCUCUGUUAGUAACUCAGUAUAAGAUUUGCUUGUUUA